AUGAGCCGCAAUAUGUACGCGACAUGGGCUACAUUUGACGUUGAGAAGGAGCUGGAGCGUGUGGAUAAGGUGGAGGAACGAGAGACGCAGCAGAAACAGCAGCAGAAACAGAUUCAGGCCAAGGAAAAUAUCGAGAGUUUCGCGACGCAAACGGCACAGCAGUCGGCCGAUAUCUUGACGGCUCAAGCUGCGGUAGCGGCUUUAAAGGCCAAGAAAAGGAAGAAAAAGACGUGCGAAGGAAGAGCCUCGAAAGAGGAGGUUGUAGCUGGAGCAACUGAUGCUGAGAGCGAGAAGAUUGUGAAGCUGCAGACUCAGGCGAGGCUUUAUACUGAAAAGCACGAACUGUUGCAAGAGAUUCUGGAGAAUCGUCGAUUAGGAGACAAGAUUGGCAUGGAAAACUCGCACGAGGCACAAAAGUUGUAUAAAACAGCACUAGCUGCUACAAAAAAGCUGGAAGAACUAGCGCCAGUAUUGCUACAAGUGGAGGAAGAGCACGUGGUGAAGCGGAAUCUAGAGGAUACGAGUCGAGUUUGUAAAGAGGAUACAGCUUGUGGACAGCAGAAGAGCUGUAGUCAUGAUGCCAAGCAAGAGAAGAAGAAAUCUGAUGAGGUGCUGCCAAAAGCAAAUGAUCUCCUGGCUAUGAUCAACAUGUUUUACAAGGAUAUUUACAUGGGAAUUGGCACGUGUGCUUUUGAGGAAGGAAGAUUGGCUGCAGCUACGGAGGCGUUUAAACAAGUGCUACUGAGAGAUGAGAAACAUGUGACGGCGUGGCUUAAACGUGGCGAAGCUUUUGAAAAAAUGGACGCUUCUUUGCUGGCUAUGCUGCAUUAUAACCAAAUCACGAACUUGAAUACAGCACAUGAAAUGGGUAAUGAGGCUCUGAAACGAGUGAAGAUGAAGCUGCUUGAUGAAGGUGAUGCUGCAGAAAAUGACAAGAUCAAGAGGGCGAUAUCUGCAUACACUGAAGGACGGACGAUCAAGGAAGUGCUUGAACGAAUUCAGUGGGCGUUUGAAGAGGCCAAUGUGUUAGCUGUUGAGAGCUUUUUUCACUACUCGACGACACAAUUUCAAGUUGUUUUAGGAUGUCUUGAGGCUCUGCGAGCACGGCCAGAGAUUAGCUUUGCAACCGAAAAUGUCGUUUUGCCUGUUCUUCGAGAGCUCGAGAUGUCGUGCCACUUGAAUAUCGCGAGCGGUUGUCUCGAGAUGCAACGGAACUAUGCGAUGGGACUAACCCAUUGUCAGCACGUGCUUCGGUUAGAUAGCAAAUGUGCGAUCGCAUACUUUCGCACGGGUCAGCUAUACCGUGCACUGCACAAUUACAAGAAGGCUCUCGAAUGCUACGAAAUCGCAAGAGUUAUGGUUCCUACUAUCGUGUCUGGGCAGACCAAAGAGCAACACGAGAAGAUGCUCACUAUGAUUGUCAAGGAGACGGACAAAUGCAAGUUCGACCGCAAUCAAUACGAUAUAGAAUAUCUCCGGUCUCUUGCAGCCAAGAAAUGUGUAGAUGAAUAG